AUGGUAAUAGUCGUUGUGGGUCUUCGAACAGCUGGACUAACAUUAAAUUCAUUAACAUCAUCCCUGGAAAGAUUAUGUUCUAAAGAAGAACGAACUUGGAAAGAUCGGAUAUUCAAUCAAAUGAGAUUAGACGAAGUGAACAGUUCUCAACGGAAUCAUGCAUCAUCAUGGCUACGCAAAGUGGCAGCUUCAAUGCAUUUUGGUAUUGACACUUAUGCACUAAGUGUUGAUUUACUUGAUCGAUUCUUGGCUACACUAAAAGUUCGUCCCAAGUUUCUUGAAUGUUUGGCUGUCGGUUGUUUGUAUAUAGCGGCUAAGUGCAAAGAAGAAGAUGAUACAAUUCCCAUAACACCUGAGUUUGUAAUUGAUUGUAAUGCGAGUUGUUCAGCAAAUGAACUUCUUCGUAUGGAACGUUUAAUCUUAGAAAAAUUCGAUUGGUUUGCUGAUUUUGUCACAUCAGUAGAUUUUUUACAGAUUUAUUUUUCAAUUUUACUGCUUAAAUCCGAUAGUCAACACUAUGGCGAUGAAAAUCAAAGAGCUUUAGUUGAAAAAUAUACUGAUUUAGAAUUGAAAUUAGCUUCAUGUUUACAGCAUCAUCGUUUGGCAACAUUUAAACCACGAAUUCUUGCAUUGGCUCUGAUUAGUUUAGAACUAGAAAAACAACAAGCACUAGAACCUGAAAUCAAUAUUGAUUGGCUUGCUUCUAUUACUUAUUUACAACAAUUAGCAAAAAUUGAAAGUGAUGCCUUGCUGUCAUGUCGAGAUUUGAUUGUUCGUUUAUCGCCAUCAUAUAAGGUUGUUCGAUUGGAAUUGGCUGAUCUUGCUUUUAUAUCUCGCGCUUAUAAUUCUUCAAGUUCAUUGAAACCAUUGAUUAGUUUACCUGGCCGACCAACCUAUGCCGAUGUUGUUUCUGGUCGCGUUGCUCCUGCUAUCCAAUAA